AUGCCAGACGAGACGCGAGCCGCGUUGGAAGCGCGACGUGCACGGCUCUCAUCCUUGCGCUCCAAACUUCAAGAAUCCACUACAGAGAAUCGGAAAGAUGUGAUUGCCGAACAGACAAAACAGCGCGAGGCUUCGCAGCGGUCUGGUACGGCGCAUGGCUACAAGAUGGCCAAAGCGGAACGACUCUUGGACGAGCGUGAUAUGCGUGAGCGUGGCGAAGAUGUAGAGCGCCAGCGUGCUUUGAAGUACACAAUCGAAGAAAACGAGGCGUGGGAAAAGAAGCUCGAGGAAAAGGAACGCACACGCGAUAAGGGCAUGAUCGAUUUUCAGGACCUGGCCGAGCGAUCGUACCAACGCCAGCUGAAAACAUUGACGCCUGAUCUUGCCGCAUAUGCUAAACAGAAGGAGGCAGAGGCACAGUCUACGACCACCCCGUCCGAGCAGACAUCGACAGCCCUCACGACCACAUCAGAUUCACAGCAGGCCCUUGUUCCUGCCAAAGAAGCCAAGGUAUCAGCCGCUGUGGCGUCAUAUGGCACACACAAACCCGACGAAGAUUCCAUCGAUCGCCUGGUCUCCCACUUGAAUCAUGAACAGGACCAAAUACGCCAUCGCAGCCGUCGUCGCGAGGACGACUUGGAUGUGGAAGGCACGUACAUCAACCAACGCAACAAGCGUUUCAACCGCAAAAUUCAGCGUUACUUUGGCGAGCAUACCAAGGAGCUUCGGGAGAACUUGGAACGUGGCACAGCCCUGUAG